AUGAACGCACAACUUCAACCCGCCAUCAUCCAAGAAUGUACGAACCAUAAAACCGCAAACUGGAGGAAAGCGGACUAUCGAGCGUGCAUAACGCUAGGCACCGACUACUUCAUCAAGUUCGGCGACCCGAAGACAAUGGCGCCUGAGGUCGCAACUCAGAUGCACAUCCAAGCCUACGCCGCCUCCGACACGGCAGGCUCAGCGCCACGCGUCGCCAAAGUUCUCUUCCACUUCCAGGAGCAGUUGACUAUGUACGUCGUCAUGGAGUACAUCGAGCUCGUUAGCUACGCGGAUUCUGGCAGGAAGGCCAACGCUCUCGCCUGGCUUUCCAAGGUUGCACCACCUCACGGUCACGUCUUGGGCGCCGUCGGCGGUCGGAUACGCCACUCUGUAUUCAAGGCUGGCAAGGCCCCCUUGGAUUUCACUGAUCUCGCCGCCUUGGAACGUUACUUGGAGCAUGGGCGCAACAUUCUCUCGAUCAACGGCCGGAACACGGUGGCGAGCGUCAACAUCACAAACGACCGAGUCAUGUUCUUGCAGUCUGACUUGGACAAGAGCAACUUUGGCAUCGACAAGGACGGCAAGACAGUCCUCAUGGAUUUCGAGUCGAUAGGGCUGCUACCCGAAACGCUCGUUCUCUACACGCUGUCUUCAGACGAGAUCAUCGGCCCCUUCCUCACCAACACCUUGGGCUUGUCGGGCACGGCCAAUUUGGCAUCGCUAAAUGCAAUCGCUAGUUGCCUGUGGAUGUCCAGUAACCCAAAACUCGGUGAGUCGAUCAGUUGCCAGGAAGUGGUGUAA